AUGUCAACGGAUCACUUAAAUGCUCGCUUUGCGCAAUCUCAGUAUAAUAAGCUUCCUACCCUCUCGGCAGUGAACCCGCUACAAACCCAGCAGCAGCAGCCGUUGGUGCCUCCCUCGUACUUGUAUGAGCACCAAGAUUUCAUGCUCUCGGAUCCAGCGGACUACAUCGGUCUGUCCCCGCCGAUCUACUAUAACGCACAGCCACUUGGAACGCCGAACCGAUACAGCAAACCGGGCGAUAUGUUUUACCAGUUUCCGCAGCAGAGGGGUCAAAUUGCGCCUCGCGUACCAUCUCUGGGCAUCUCGCAGACGUACAUGCCGUCGCUCAGCGACCAUAGGGCACCCGUGUCCACAAAAACCUCGAAAUCGGGGGCAGUCUACCCAUGCCGGAUAUGCGGUAAAGUGUUCCCCAAGCCGUACAACCUGAAAUCGCACCAGAAGACGCACUCCAACGAAAAGCCGUUUCCUUGCAAGUACUGCUCCAAACCGUUCGCCAGGUCGCACGACAGACGUCGACACGAGAAACUACACGAGAACGACAAGAAGCUCAAAUGUGGAGGCCUUUUGAGCGACGGGAAAACUACCUGGGGGUGCAAUCGGAAGUUUGCGCGCCCGGACGCGCUACGCAGACACUUCCGGACAGAUACUGGUGUAGCAUGCAUCCGUCCGCUGAUGCUCGAUUUCCGCAAUUCAAAGCAAGUCUACGAAGAGCCCACAGAAGAAGACACAGAGCAGGUGAUUAACGAUAUAGCGCGGGAGGCCGCCAUAGAGGCGCUCAGCAUGAACAUUAAUCGUGCGGGCGACCACGACACCAGCUCACCAAGCUAG